CUCAGUCCUUCCUUGCAUUUCUUCCUCCUCUUCCUCUUCCUCUUCCAUGGAGAACAACAACUACUCCUACAACUCCUCCUACCCGGAGUCCGGCCAUUCCUCGCCUCUCUCGCGCGAGAUCGAGUUAGAAAAUCCGCCACCGUGGGAAGGUACGCAGGGUAAUCAACCUCCUUCGCCCAACUAUAAAGUCAAGUUCAUGUGCAGUUAUGGCGGAAAAAUCCACCCUCGCCCGCACGAUAACCAGUUGUCGUACAUCGGAGGGGAGACGAAGAUCCUCGCUGUCGAUCGGGACAUCAAAUUCGCUUCUCUGCUCUCCAAGCUCGUAGCUCUCUGCGGCGAUAAUGAGGCUAUUUUGUUCAAGUAUCAGUUGCCUGGUGAAGAUCUGGACGCGCUGAUUUCGGUGGCGAAUGAUGAUGAUUUGGAGCAUAUGAUGCACGAGUACGAUCGGCUGUUUAGAGCUUCGCCUAGGCCUGCGAGGUUGAGGAUUUUUGUCUUUCCUAGCCUGAAUAAUCCUAGCCUGAAUUCGUCUCGGAGUUUCGAAUUUGAGGAUGUGAAGACGGAGAAAGAUAGGUUUGUCGAGGCGUUAAAUACGGCGGCGCCCCCUGCUGUUGCGGCGGCGGCGCCUCAACUGCAACCGCCGCCGGCGAAUGUUGAUUUUUUGUUUGGUUUGGAGAAGCCAAACGUAAUGGCAGAAGUGGAAGAUCCGGUGGUUCAUCACGACAUGGACGAAAAGUUAAUCGGAUCGGAUCCGAUACAGAAGCACAUUCACGAUCUACAGAGGCUGCGGAUGGAGGAUCAGGAAGGAAUGAUCUAUGGCAGGAAAAUCGACGAUAAUCCAGUGCUGACGCCCGGCGGGGGAGAGUAUUACAAUUACAAUUACAAUUACAUUAAUUACAAAGUUCCGGUAAAGAAUAUCAGUCAGGCGCCGAUUCCCGGCGGCGUUCCGGCGUACUGGACAGAGAAACAGUUACAAUCUCCUCCUGGCGGUGGCGGUGGAGUAUUUCGAGCGGGCAGUAACGAACAACAAGUGUACAUGAUACCAGGUGCUGGUGGUGGUGGUCACGUGAGAGCGGUGCCAACUCCAAGCCAAGGAGGAGGAUACUAUACAGUUCAGAGGAUGAUACCUCCCGAACAAGUUCAUUUCUACAGUAUGAUUCCUCCUCAGGCUCAGGCUCAGGCUCAGGCUCAGGCUGUGUCACCGCCCACUUUAUCUAUACUGCCCCAGCCACAGCCACUGCCACAGAAGACGACGGCUCCAACUCCAGCAGGCCUAGGAGUAGGACUAGGGGGGUACGCGUACGAUGGGAGACAGGUGGUACAGUACCACGUCGGAGGAGGAGGAGGAGCCUUGAACGUGCAGGUGGAAGGAAGCAGCAAAGGCGUCGCCCCACUCCCAAAGACGCCUGUUACUACUACGACUCUCUGAUACAUACAUACUGUUUUGUUGGGUUGAAGUGAUUAUCAUUUGAUUCUUCCACGGGACCGUCUCUCUUCUCUCUAUGUCGUGCUUGUUGCUUUUGAUUUGACUGUGGGUAAGGUGGGCGGGGGUUGAUUCCCAUUUGGAACAUAGGUUUGAGUUCUCCUUCCGCCUGAAUCCACUCCACACCAUUCUACUCUACCGACACAAUUAUAGAUAUAUACGUAGUCUGAUGAUGCGGUGCCCAUACGGCCAUACAGUAUGAUUAGCCUCAACUUAUUUCAUUUCAUAUCUCUGUUUCUCCCCAGAAUUAGCGUGGGGUUGCUUGGGUU